AUGAAAACCACAGCCAUCUCCCUCGGCCUCGCAGCCCUCGUCGGCUCCGUCGCCGCCUCCCCCAUCGAAAUCGAAGAACGAGCCGCCACCGUCAAAGGCUUCGACAUCUCCGGCUACCAGUCCAACGUAGACUUUGCCAAAGCCUACGCAGGCGGCGCCCGCUUCGUCAUCAUCAAGGCAACCGAAGGCAUCAGCUACACCGACAAAACCUUCUCCAAGCACUACACCGGCGCCACCAAAGCGAAGCUCAUCCGCGGCGCCUACCACUUCGCCCACCCCGGACAGAACAAGGCCUCCGCCGAAGCCGAAUUCUUCGUCAAGCACGGCGGUGGCUGGUCCAAGGACGGCAUCACGCUCCCCGGCAUGGUGGACCUCGAGUCGGAGCAGGGACACCCCCAGUGCUGGGGCCUGUCGCACUCUGCCAUGGUCGCCUGGAUCAAGGAGUUUGCUGAAACGUACCACAAGAAGACGACGCGGUAUCCUAUGCUGUAUACCAAUCCCUCGUGGUGGUCUUCCUGCACGGGGAAUAGCAAGGCCUUCAAGGAUACGUGCCCGUUGGUGCUGGCGCGGUAUGCCAGCUCGCCUGGUACUAUACCUGGUGGGUGGCCUGCGCAGACGAUCUGGCAGAAUAGCGAUAAGAGUCCCUGGAGCGGUGAUUCUGAUAUCUUUAAUGGUGAUCUUACUCGCUUGAAGAAGCUUGCUACUGGUUAA